GUAGCGGUAUAAAAGUGGCAUACUUUAAUUAUAAUUUAAAGUAUGCCACUUUUAUAUUCUGUCCGAAGAAUUUAUACAAAUGGACACGGACUCUUCUAAUACAUCUACUAGUUUUGCUAUACAAUAACUCUUCGGUAUUGAUACAAGUAACUGGUAUAUAAUUGUUAUACAUAUUCUAUGAUUAAAACUUGACUCCGAAUCGCGUAAAUAUGGAGAUUUAAUAUAAUAAAUAAUAAAUAUUACACAAUAUCACAUACAUUGUUCAGAUUCCAAGAUGAGUAGUCAAAGCCCCCGUAUUAUGGAGUAUCUGAGACAACGAAAGUAACACAACACCCAGACCCCACACAAUAUAGAAAAGUUCAUUUUCUACAUUGACCCGACUGGGAAACGAACCCGGGACCUCAGAGAUGAAACCGGCGUGCGAAUCACUCGGCUACGGAGGUCGUCGGAGGGAGUCGAAUAUAACUAAUAGUAUACAUUUUAAAGAACUUACUUUUAAACAGUUUCAAUACUUUUUGACUAACCGUUAUAGAGCACUCGCAUUCCUAAAUAACAAAGUAGUUUCAAAUAAAACACAAUAUAAUAGUACCGUUAGUAACAAUAGUGUAGUUAAAAGUGUAGUUAAAUUUAAGGCGCUUCAUGUUACGAUAACGCAAUGUGCAUGUUGUUCCGACAUACAUAAAAUGAGUUCGUAUAAAAAGCUUGCGAAUCAAUCUGUCGACCAAAGACGUAAUUUUGUUUAAACAAAUAAUUUAUGUUGUAAUCGCUUAGGUGUCAAUCAUAGAGCUAAAGCUUGAAUGA